CUUGGCUUCAUGCAUGUUUAUUCCCUCCUAACUUCUUUUACUCCCGCUUCCUUUUUUCAAAAGGUAAUAAACGCGCAGGCACAUAAACAGAGCCUUUCAAGACGAGGAAAAGAAAUAGCAUUACUCACUUACGGUAACGCUUGUUCCUUGAUAGAAUAUUUUCCAUGGACGCUGUCCUCCUUUGAUCUUUUUUCCUUUGAUGCCGAAUCACUUGCAAGUCAACAAGACACAUACUGCUCUCUGUUAGAUCCAUUAUUUUCUGCGAAUGAUUUCCAGCUUGAUGGUCUUCUCGGAUCACAAUCAACGGGUGCAGCGACAUUUGUUGACACCAAAAAUACCCCAACCUUCUUUCUAGAAUCUCCCGUAUCGGAACAUUCGCCUGAACAGGAAUCAUCUUCAUCACAGUAUAGUGAGGAAUCUUACAGUUCCUUUGAACCAUACAACUACCUUUCCGACCCAUCAUAUAUGCAUACUCCAUUAUCCCCGUUCUUUAUCGAUACUCUACUUUUCGAUCCCGAGCCGACAUUGAUCGCAGCGGCGAACUCUCCUACUGCCAACAGUCCCACACUUCCCAUCAAGAAAACGCCCGCACCAGCCCCCGUUCAGCAUCGUUAUAAAUGUCCCAAAUGCUCUCAUACAAGUCGACGGUCAAGUAACAUGAAAAUGCAUAUUUUGAUCCACGAUACCAAUCGGCCAAAGAAUUUUAUUUGCCCUACUUGUCACAAGGCUUUUGCACGCAAACAUGAUAUGCACCGUCAUCGGCAAAUCCAUGACCGUCAUGCUAAAAGUUCAUUAAAGAAGACAUGAAAAUAUCAUUACCGUGUAAU